AUGAAAGUGGUUUCAAUAUCAGCCGAAAUAUUUCAGCCAUUACUCAACCCUCCUAAAUUCAUUCAAGAAACCAAUCGAUCUUCGUAUGAAAACUAUCAGAAAUUGCCGAACAUACGCUUUAUUAACUACAUGAGCUUUGACUUAGAUGCUGCUAUUGCACUCGAUUUUCAUGUUGAACGUACACGUGAUCCAUCGAAAUUUUCGUUACCAUUGAAAAAUAAAUUCAUGUAUGUGAACGAAAGCUCUCAUAUUUGUUUGAUAUGCGAUGAUCAAGAUAUCCCUGAUACAGUACUUAAUUGUCACACAUUGGUCAUACUCAAUAUUCCAGGCUAUGCAUCUGGUACAAAUCCAUGGAGAAAAUCAUUGAGAAAUUCAAUAAUGGAUCGUGUCAAUCAAUUAUCGACUCUUGAAUUAAGCAGUACUUUUAUCAACCAAAUAUCCAUGAGGUCACUUGAUCCAUUGAAUUGUGCAGGUGAUACCCAAGAAAACAACGAAUUAGAAAGUUUGGACGAUAGGGAUACGGAUCAACCAGAGAGAUUAUCGACAACACAAACAACUUCAAGUAGUCGUUUUCAACCACAAAAUUUUGGCGAUCGAAAAGUUGAAGUUGUCGGAUUGAGUACUACACAUAUGGCUGCAAUCCAUGCUGGUUUUCGUGGCAAUCGAAUCGCUCAAUGCAACCGGUUGUGUAUUGAACUUCGUUGUCCAAUGACAGCACAAAUGGAUGGUGAACCAUUCUAUCUUCCUACACCGGUAGCUGUCAAUAUUAGUCAUGUUGAUCAAGUACUUGUGUUAAAAAAUGAGAACAAAUAA